AUGAGUGAUUCAGCGACAUGCUCGAAAUCAUAUCAAGAAUUCGUUAAAUUUGGCAAAUUCUUCACAACACGUUUGGUUCAAGCACUUGUUCAGUCACGUCUUGGUCAGCUGAUAGUACAGUCAUGUAGUGUAUCACCGGAUCCUACGGAUUGGUUCAGUGUGCGAAUUGAUGAAUUAGGUGAAGUAGCUGCACAGUUACGUACAAGCGUUACAAAAUAUCCUCCAAACACAAAUUGUUUCACUUUGGAUUUUCUGCUUCAUACUGCUGAUGGCGAUGUUCUACCUUUGGAGUCCUGGUGUGUCCGAUAUGAAUCACAAUUGACUGAUGGAAAUGUCAAUGUAAGGACCGAAUUAUACCACCAGUUAGGAACACUUUUGAAAUCAGCAAUUGUUGCAUCACGAAUGACUCCAGCCUACCGAUAUUAUGUUCGCAAACAGAGCCCCGAUACUUUCAUUAUUAUGUACAGAGUUUACGAAAAAGAACCAGAAAUGGAUUUGGGUGAAGAGCAUAAAAAAGUUCGUAUUGGUCUAGUAACAUCUCCAUUUGGUGGUUUUUCUGUUGACCUGCUUUAUCGUACAAAGAUGGAAAUUGACCGUACAACAACACAGGAAGUAAAUGUAAGUGCCGCAGCUGCAUUGGAGAAUGUGAACACCAAUGAACAUCAAUCCAAAAUAGAUAAAGAUGUCCCAAUGUUAAUACCGUUCGGUCCUGUUUCUGUUCACUCUACUGAAGUUAUACCGGAAAAGAUUGAUGAAUUAAUGUCAGAAACUCCUUCACGACGUGUACGUUUCCAUUUGGGCCAUUCGCGAUCCUCUUCAGAUGAUGCUUGCUGUCGUGGUGAUGUGUGCAGUGAUGAACAAAUCUUUGGUCUAGACAGAAGCAACAGUCAGCCAUAUAGUUCCAGUUUGCCACAUCGAUUAGCUUCGGUGGUAUGCUCUGUUUCUGAAUGUAUUGUGAAAAAAAACCGAUCAAGGACACAUUCAUUUCCAUUUUCAACUCUGCUUACUACAGUUGCGAAUGAUUCAAUUCCAGGUGAAGGACUUUUAGGAUCACUAGAAGACAGUGACAAGAUAACACCAACUUCUUCUCCUGGUCAGUUCUUUUUUGGUACAUUUGUUCGUUCUCCAUCAUCACCACCUACUCUUGUGGCUUCGACGUGUUCUGCAACAAUUAUACCUAACCAUAUGCACCAGUGUGCUACUGUUCCUUCUGGGGUAAAUUUAAUGAAUAAGGGAACAAACGAAAAACAGGAAGGUGAUUCUGCUGAAGAAACGGAAGUGCAAAGCGAUGAUGAUGAUGACGAUUUAACAAGUAGCGACGGUAGUUAUGUCAAGGUGGCAUUUGGAAGUAGUGAAAGUUUAGCAGAUGGCUUAGGUGAGUUCAUGAAACAAUGUAGAUCGGCUCCAACUCAUCUUUCAUUUCAAAUCGACAGUACGUCUGUCAUUCCUGAACUGCUGGCACAAUUUGAAAACAAUCAGAAAAUUUUCGACAAUUUCUUAGAAGAAAUCAAAAGAAAAGCAGACAAUGAGGAAGACUGA